ACACUCUUUCACGAAGUUGGAACGUCAGUACCGGACAAUAUCGAUCCUCCCACGGCGUCGAAUUAGCAGCAACAAUUAAAACAGCGCCGUUAUUCUCAUAACAAUAUAAUUCCGACUGUAGAGAGAUAUUAACAUUCUGAGCCAGCCUCCUGUCUCUUCGUGGUAAAAAAUAUCAUGGAUGCUCUACGUGGACUUGCGACGGAUGCCGGAACCUUUCUCAGCCGAACCAGGCAGUACACUGAAGAAAAACUUGGCAGUGCUGAGAAGACUGAGUUAGAUGCACACUUUGAGAACCUUCAGCAGCGUGCCGAUAGGACGAAAUCAUGGACGGAAAAGAUUGUAGGACGAACAGAAGCUGUACUGCAGCCAAACCCAAAUCUCCGCGUGGAAGACUAUUUCAACUCGAAGCUAGACAGACGACCCAAGGAACGAGAAAAUAAUUAUGAACUACUUGGAAUUGCAAUGAUUGAGUCGGGCAACGACCUUGGUCCAGGAACUCAAUAUGGAGCAGCAUUGGUGAAGUGUGGUACUACGCAGAAAAAGCUAGGACAACUAGAGAAAGACUUAGUAAAUACAUCUAUCACAAAUUACAUGGCACCACUCAGAAACUUUUUAGACACAGAUAUGAAGACAAUCAAUAAAGAAAAGAAAAUUCUAGAAUCAAAAAGACUUGACUUGGAUGCUUGUAAGAGCAAAGUUCGUAAAGCAAAAUCUACUGAAAAUCAAAAAGCGCCCAACAAUGAGGAUAUGGUUUAUAAUGCUGAGGCCGACCUCCGAUUGGCACAAAAUGAAUUUGAUCGUCAGUAUGAGAUCACAAAACUGCUAUUGGAAGGAGUCGGUAGUGCACAUUCCAAUCAUCUGAGGUGUUUACAAGAUUUCAUCGAAGCUCAGCAAAACUUUUUCAGUCAGUCACAGGCUGCUCUGGCAGACCUACAAAAACAGCUUGGCAAUUUACCUGGUUCAGGGCCUAUUCGUCCACCUCCCCCAAAUCUUGAUGGUUCUGUACCCUCUGCCAAGCCAUACAUCACUGGAAAUGGGCAAAUGCCGGUUGGCAACAGUAUGACGAGGAAUGCUAAGGUUCUUUAUGACUAUGAUGCGGCAGACUCCAGCGAACUCUCCUUGCUAGCGGAUGAGCUCAUAACUGUUUGGAGUGCUCCAGGCUUGGACUCUGAUUGGAUGAUUGGUCAGCGUGGCUCACAAACUGGAAAAGUACCAGUCACAUAUUUGGAAUUAAUGUAGAUUAGAUGUUUAUUUACUAGGGGUUUCUUUGCAAGGUUAAAUAUUGCUGAAUUGCAAUUAAAAGAUGAUGGGUCUUAUGCUUGGUUAAUUUUUGACCCAUGUAGCCAAAGGUCGAAGUUACUCACAAAGUGCUUGUUAUGGUUUGUGAAGUAUGAUCUUUAAAAACUAUGAACCUUACAUGGUUGGAGAACUUUUAACCAUAUGAGUUAAAGGUUACAAAUAAGUUAAAUCGGUGUGUAUAUUUGGUGAAUUUGUUUCUUUAAGGUCAGUCGGAUGUCACUGGUUGACCUCAGGGCAUUUUCUUAAUAAGUGCUUCUUUAGAAAAAAACAUCUGAGUAACAAGCAAAAGUUUCCACAGUUUUUGAUUAGUAUGGCCACUCAUAUUAAUAUUUUAUAUUUAAUAGUUUAUGUAUAAUCACAUUAAUUUAUUGCUGUUAUUAUUGUUAUUAUUAUUGUUAUAUUAUAAUCUGUUUAUAAUUUAUCAAUUUAAGCAACUUGCAAUAUUUUCCAUUUUAAUUUAAAUUUUAGUUGCAUCCCUUUUCCAUCCACCCUAGCAGUAACCCCAAACCCCACCUAUCUGCACUAUCCAAUACAGGAUUUUACACCACCUUCUACUGCCCUUACCUAAUCCAUUACACCAAAUGAUACUAACCCACCCGUUGUACUCUUAUCACAUCUUACCAGCCAGCUUUGCCAAUGAUUGUGAAAUACAUGCUCAUUCUUUAUAUAUUGUUAAUAAAAUGUAAUAUUUCAAAGUAUAAUUGCACAUAAUAUUUAAGAAUUUUCAUAAUUUAAUUAUUGUUUUAACUGAAAGUAGAUUAAAAUAUAUAAAAUAUUGAAUUUGGUAGUAUUGAAAUUGUUUAUAAUGUAAAGUUAGUAAGGAUAAUGAGAACUACCAGUCAUUUUUGAAAAAAUUGAAAAAGUGGAAUAUUGUUGAUUAAGUUAUACCACACCACAAGAUGUAUAAUUUUAUGUAACAGUUUGACUAUUAUUGUGUUAAUUUUAACAGUGCAGGGGCUGCCUAGUGGUGGUGUCAAGAUUUGCUCUAUAGGGGUCCCAUGUCCCAGACGAGGGUCCGAUGUCCCUGACAGAAGCAUAUGUGGAUGGGGCCUAGGGCUUUCCAAAAAGAUUCCAGGGUGCAGUUCUCCCGAAAAAUUCAACAAUCUGUAACAAUUAUAUAGAAUUUUUCCCUCCAACAAAUUGUUUCUUUUUUCUCCCUGAUCCUAGGCCCCAUUAGCGCCAUCACUGAGGCUGCUUCUUACAAAUAGGAGUUUUAAAUAGGUCACAACAUAAACACAGGAUUACCAUCAAACUAUGGUAGUUGUUCAAACAGUCCCCACUCCACUGCAAGCAGUUCUUUGUCCCCAAUGUACCAGUAAUUUCCUUGGUGUGUAUGGCCUAUACACAACAAAUUAUAAAAGUGAGACAAGCUAUAUACCCUCCCCUACGCAUUUUCUGUUCCCCUGCCACUCCAAUUACGUUUUUGCUUUUUGUAUUCAUUUCCACCUUUGAUAAAUUUUUAGACUUUUUUUUUUAUAAGCCUGUUUAAAAAAAAAAAAAAAAUCUUAAGUUUGUUAAAUAAUUGAAUUAAAUUAAUGACAUUUUAAAUAAAUUGUUUAUUUGGAAUUGAUAUUUCAUUACUGUAAUUGAUCUUCUGCCCAAUGGUAUUAAACAUUAAAGUUAGUUUAUAUUCGUGACAGUCCAAAAUUCAUAAUGGUAGUUUAAUUGUCAUGAGCAGGUACACAGGUCCCAAGCCUCCCGGAAGUCGCGGGAGUCUCCCUGGAAUCGAAACGGCCUCCUGCACUCCAUCAAGCAAGCAAGAAUCUCCCGGAAAAUAACCCAUCUCCCACAAAUAUUUUCGUGUUUUUACUACAUUAUUAUCAAUUGCCUCAUGGAAGUCAGUGCCGAUGGGUAUCCAGGGGUUGCGCCAGGAAUUGCCCCGACGGUGUCCGACAUCCCCGAUAGGGUGAGGGAUGGCUGAUGUCCCCGACGAAAAAAAGUGAGCGUGAUCAGACGUCGCUCAAAAAUUCUUGAAAGUGUUCUAGGGGGCACAAAAAUAUGACAAUUUAGGGGUUUCAAAGGCGUAUUAACAUUUUUUUCUCCAACAAAUUGUGGUCUUUAUCCCCCGCGCUGGCGCCACCCCUGUAGGUAUCACCGUUAAAUAAAUUUAAUAUGUUAAGCUCAUUUAACCAGAUCUCCUGGAAGGGAUUGCUUCCAAUUUGCGACCCUUGAUGGCCAGUGGGCGUUAACUACCGAUAUUCCAGCAUGCAACGUCAACACUUGGAGGGCCCAAACAUGUAUGACUUGCAUCGUAAUAGUAUCGAUGUCACUUUUAAAUCCAUCUUCACUGCUGUCACAUUGAAAUACAAUUUUCUAAGUAUUAUGUUGUUAAAUAAUUUGGACAUUGUGAAGGUUUCGUAAUUUUGAGAAAACGGAAACGGCUACACAGAGAAAACAUCUUUGUUUUCGUUAUCGUUUUCUUAACAUCACGUAUCUUAUUGAUGUUCUACUGGUGAUAGAUAGUAAGUAAGUAACAGCCUAUUUUAAGGAUAUAUUAGAGUAUUAUUGAUUGUACUGUUUCGUUCCUCUUUUGAUCGUUGUGUAUGUUGGCCUACAAUCAACAUGAAUGCACUUCCAUCGUACUAAGAACUAGUACUGUCUAUAUGAAUAAAUGUUUCUUAAAGGGA